AUGCAACAACAUCCUAUGGACUCACCGGUUGGCUCAAGACGAGGUACUUUUCGGGAUUACAGUCCGACAGCUCGGCAACGCCGUAAACAAUUGCUGGAAGUCCAACAGGAUCUCGAACGUUUUUCAAUAUGCGAAGAUGCGAUCGACGAAGAACCGCCGACACAACCUGGCUCAGCACCAGUCCCAGAGAGGAGACCACAGAGUCGAUAUCGACCAAGCAGUCCACCACGGCGCCGGUACCGCCCAGUAGGCUUUGCGCCACAAGUGAACAAGAAUCUGACUCGCAACACCUCCAUGAACAGUAUGCUACGAUACUUCAAUCGCGACAGAUUUGAUCAAAGAGAUCUCAGCAGAGUCGCCACGGCAGCACAAAGCAAAGGUCAAAGCCCCGGCAGCAUGCACAGCCCUGAGAACGUGAAAAGCCCGCCCGAUCGGGACUCGCAUGUAAGACAAGAGUCUGCUGCUGCACAGCAUAUCAGCUAUCAGAACGUGAUCUACGAAGUACGUCCAGGGAGCUGUCCUCACUGCUCCGGUCACUCCUACAUCCCGCUGCGCCUCGCCUCUCAGCCGCGCAUGCCUGGUUCCUGGGACGAAUCGCACCACCCAGACUCCGACAUCAUCAACGAAGAUUUGUCCCAACUCUUGACGGCCCUCUCAAUCCAGCUGAUACAGCAUCACCAGCUCUGCCCACGAUACCGAUCGAAGGGUCGGGCAGACUGGCACUGGGAAGAUCGACGACCAAUGUGGUUGCCACAGCUCAGUGAGAACUUCACACUCUACAAGUCGGACAGUGUGCAGUACCCGCGAGAUCUGUGGAGAGAUUACGAGGUGUCGAGAGCUUGGUCACAGGGAAGGAAAGCAGUAGUCAGGAGAUAUCUUGGAGAACCGCACCACGAGAUUGCGGAUAUUCCAGCUGCGGUCUCGGCGGAUGGAGAUGGAGAUGAUGAGGAGAAGCCUAAGGAGAAGGGGAAGAAGUUUUCGGUGGAGGAUCUGGAUAAGUAG